AUGGCUGGCGCAAUUGACGGUGCCUCUUCCAUCACCGUCGCUGUUCGCGUCAGACCCUUUACCAUUCGAGAGGCUGCGCAGUUGACCCGCGUUGACGAUGGACCUCUCUUCCUGGGUGAUGGCUCGCUGGCUGCCGCGCCAGUUCCACGCCAUGCUGGCAAGGGCAUCAGAUCCGUCAUCAAGGUCAUGGAUGAGAAAUGCUUAACCAAGGAUCAACCUUUCACCUUCGAUCGCGUCUUUGACGACAACACAACACAAGCCGAAGUCUACGAAGCCACCACAAAAAACCUCCUCGACAGCGUCUUCGACGGCUACAAUGCCACUGUUGAGCAGANNGGUACAGCGCAACAACCGGGAAUCAUCUUCCUGACCAUGCAAGAGAUGUUUGAAAGGAUCGGCGAGAUGCAAGAGGAGAAGCAGACCGAGGUCACCCUAUCGUACCUGGAAAUUUACAACGAGACGAUCCGCGACUUGCUCAUUCCCGUCAGUGAGGUUACCAAACGAGGUCAAGGAUUGAUGCUGCGUGAAGACGCCAACCAGGCUGUCUCAGUCGCAGGUCUCACCUCACACCGCCCUCAGAACGUGUGUACCGCCAAUUGUCAGCGACAGCAAGCCGUCUCGACUAACCCGCGCCUAGNNGUAAACGAAGUCAUGGAUAUGCUAAUUCGAGGAAACGAAAACCGCACACAGUCUCCAACAGAAGCCAACGCAACCUCGUCCAGAUCGCACGCCGUUCUCCAGAUCAACGUCGCCCAAAAGGAUCGCAAUGCUGGCCACUCCGAACCCACUACCUUUGCUACCCUCUCCAUCAUUGAUCUGGCUGGAUCAGAAAGAGCUUCGGCAACAAAGAACCGUGGUGAGCGCUUGCUCGAAGGUGCAAACAUCAACAAGUCGUUGCUCUCUUUGGGCUCAUGCAUCAAUGCUUUGUGCGAUCCCAAGAAGAAGAACCACGUGCCCUACCGCAACAGCAAACUCACUCGUCUCCUCAAGUUCAGUUUGGGUGGAAACUGCAGAACAGUCAUGAUCGUCUGCGUCAGUCCAAGCUCUGUCCAUUUCGACGAAACACAGAAUACUCUGCGCUACGCCAACAGAGCCAAAAACAUCCAGACAAAAGCCGUUCGCAAUGUCUUUAAUGUAGACCGCCACGUCAAGGACUAUCUCAAGAAAAUUGAUGAACAGAUGGCUCUUAUCAAGGACCUGCAAGCCCAGCACAAGGACUUCGAGUCACUUGCUUUCACCAAGUUCAAGAAGGCCGAGGACAAGAAAUCCGCAUUACUGAAGGAAGCUCUUGCCAGAAUUCGUGCAGCAUACGAUCACUCGGGCGACGAGCGAAAGGAGCAUAUCAACAACAUGAAGCGGUUACGACAAAUCGAACGCCGAAUUGUUCUCAUAUCUGCCUGGAUCGGUAGUUUCGACCAGAUUUGUGAGAACCGUGAGGACGAGGAACCACCGCUCAGCUUGACAUCAAUGCGUAAAACCGCUUCAGGAAUACUUGUUGAACUUGAGGGAAGCAGACAGCACUACCACAAGCGUCUCGCAAAGGCAAACUGGGAACGUUCGCUGGACACAGCUCUUCAGAACGGCAUGCGUCAAUUGCAAGAAGUCGACGCUUCAACGUCCAUGUCGUCCUCUGCAGUUGCAAGCUUGAAGCAGGAAGUUGAGGUGUUGCGGAGCCGAGCUGAAAGAGAAGUACAAUCAGCCGUGCUGGACCAGGAGAAAACUGGCGAUGCCGCGCUUGUACAAGUUUUGCUCCAAGCACACUUUGAGACUAUCGCUAUUCUCGGUCAGAUUAUGCAAAUGGAUGAGGAAGAAGCUGUCAAAGCAGCCAAGACUGUCCUCACUAAGCUACUUAACUCGUGCACAGAGGCUACCUCGCAAGUCAUCCGACCAGACGGCGGGCUUGCCAUCAUCGAGGCAGUACCGCCAACCAAGUCAGGAACGCCCAAANAGAAGAGGGCCGCCGACUUGGCUGGUCCUUCACCGAUAAAAGCAAAGAUUCGCCCGAGCAUGAAUCCUCCACAAUUUAGGCAGUCUCCUAACAUGGGACCGACUCCAGCAUCACCACGGCGACGAAAGUUAGGAGCUGCUAGGAAAUCUGUAGCUGUGGCUUUUAAUGGUGGUACACCCAAGAAGAACAAGUCAUCACCAGUCAAGGCUGCAAAGCGUGCUGUAAGAUGGCGGGAUGAUACUGAAGACGGCAAGCUGGAAGAAUUCCAACCAACACCGCCAGGACUGGAUUCCUCACUCAACGAGCCAGACGUUUCACAGUUUGCGUCGUCCAGGUCAGGCGAUCAUUCCGAUAACCUUGACUCUAGUCCCAUUCCCCCCUNNCCACCAGUGCCAUCAUCCGAGCUCCGUUCGAGAAACAGCCGCUUCCAAGCAGGAUUUCUCAAGAAAGAUGAUGGGUCGCCUAUGAUGCCGGCCCUGUCCAACCUCGCAAUGGCAGCGUCCGAAAACCUAUCUCCUUUGCGCGAGAUCGAAGCUAACAGCACGUUCCAACCAAAGAGAUCACCUAUCCCAAUCCGUCUUCAGAAGGCUGCAGAGUUUGUUAGUGAUGAUCACACAGGCAGCAGUGCUUCCGACAAGGACGAUCCAACAAGAUCGCUCCAAGACUCGGCUUUGCAAAUUCAGUCUGCCAUUCGAAGGCGCGUGUCCUCCGGUUCGAACAGACAUCGUAGACGCAGUCCCUCAGCCCAAACAAGUGGAUCACCAAACUCAGCGAACGAGAACAAUCUCUUCACAGCAAGUCAUGCCCGCCGGAUGGUUAAGAGCGAGAAAGGCGAGGCGACCAAUGUUUUGAGUCCACGCUCGGCGCCUGUGGUCAAGAAUGCACCCAGCAUAUCCAACAUGCGCAAUGUUUCUCGAGAGAGCAACAUUGGAGGUGGCAGCAUGCGUGUGGCACCCAUCCGCACACAGAGCAUGGCUGCAAGGAAAGACGUGCCCUCAGCCAAAACUGUCUGGAGGUAA